AUGGAGAGCAGCAGCAGCAAGAUUGUCAGGAGAUCAAUCUUCACCUUUCUCAAACACUACCAGCACUUCACCUCCAUUGCCGCACUCUUCGUAUUUCCUGUCUCUGUUUCCGUUCUCCUCUCUCAAGUUGUCCUGCCUUCUUUCUCCCCUCUCCUCCAAAUCAUUCAUGCUCGUCUUCAAUCUCUUUUCCAUGCUGCAGGGUUCCCACCUUCCUUGCCAUUCUUCUCCCUACUCAGUCUCAAGCUCUCUCAGACCAUUUCUUCCUCUAUUCUUACCGUUCCUUUCACCCUCUCCUUCCUCCUGAUUGGAAAAGCAUGCGUUAUCCAAAUUCUUCAUCACCCCAAACUGUCCCUUUCAUCUUCUUUGUCGUAUUUUGCAUUCCUUUACAGUCGCCUCCUCCUCACCUACCUCUGCAACUCAUUUGUUAUCCUAGCUGCCAACGCUGCUGCUUUCUCUAUCCUCUUCCUCACCUUUAAUUCCUUCGAUGCCUUUGGCUUCUCCUCUCCCAACUUCCUUCUCUUGCUCUCAGCAGCCGGGGCCGUCCUCUACUCUGUUGUACUUGCUAAUACCCUUGUCAUCUGCAACUUAGCUUUGAUUGUAGCAGGUAUGGAGAACUGCAGCGGGUAUCUGCCCAUCCUCAAAGCUUGUGUCCUGAUUAAGGGCAGGGCUUCUAAAGCUCUUUCACUCGCUCUUCCCAUCAAUUUGGGUCUGGCAGCUAUUGAAGCCUUGUUCCAGUACCGGGUGGUAAGAGGCCAUCAUCUUUAUGAUAGAUACGGCCCCUCUGUGGCCUUGGAGGGUAUCUUGAUUGCUUACCUUUACUCCCUACUCGUUCUCCUUGACACCAUUGUAAGCUGCAUAUUCUUCAAGAGCUGUAAGUCAGCCUCACAAAUGCAUUCGCAAGGUAGAUACAAUUACCAGAUGGGGAUUGCCGAGGAAAACAACAGCAUUUUCACAUACUCCAAGGCCCUGCUAGAAAUUCCCUGA